UGCCCAACUCAACCUUCCUUCCCCUCUCUCUCUCCCGACUUCGAUCGCAAAUGCGUUCUCUCCUCCUCCCCCGCACGUGCGCCUUCGCUUCGCGGCGCUUCUUCUCCGCGCUCGCCGGCAGCAGGGCCGGGGCCCCGUGCGCCGGCGUGGUGUACGGGUUCGGGGAUAACAGCCAUGGCGCGGUGGGCCAGCCGCCACCGGCUGCCGACACCUACGUGCCCACGCCCGUGCCCUCCCUCCCGCCGUCCAUGAGCGCCGUCGCCGCCGGUCACUACCACUCCCUCGCCGUAUCUGCCGCCGGAGAGGUCUGGGCGUGGGGGCGCAACGAUGAGGGCCAGCUCGGCCGCGGGCUUCACUCCCCGAGGAAUACUUGGAGCAACGCAGAACUGGUCAGAGGAUUGGAAAAUGUUCAAGUUCAAGCUGUAUCUGCUUCAGGCGUUGUCUCAGCAGCAAUAGGAUCUGAUGGUUCUUUAUGGGUUUGGGGGAGGUCAAAGCGUGGCCAACUUGGACUUGGCAAGGACAUUGUAGAGGCAGCAGCGCCAUCUAAAGUGGAAGCUCUUGCUAGCUACGACAUUGUUAAGGUAUCAUUUGGAUGGGGGCAUGCCAUGGCAUUGACAAAGGAUGGAAAGCUAUUUGGUUGGGGCUACUCGGAAAAUGGAAGGUUAGGAGAAAUGGGUCAAAGCACUAGAGCUCCUUCUGCAGAAGAAUACAUAGGAAAAAUGGCAGACAAGUAUUAUAGUUCAAUGCUGGAGGCUGUUGAAAAGAUGGUUGAAGAGAAAAUUCGCAGCGAAGACAAUAUGCCCAUUAUCUGGGAACCAUUCCUUGUUCAUGAAGUGAGUCAUCUUGAGGUGUCUGACGUAUCUUGUGGGCUUGAUCAUUCCUUGAUUCUUUGCUCGGAUGGCAUUGUACUGAGCGGGGGUGACAACACUUACGGACAGCUGGGUAGGAAGGCAGGGCCGCCCAAAUUGCUUCCUGUUGGCAUGAGCUACAAGCCAUUCUCCAUGUCAGCAAGUGUCGGCCACUCUCUCGCACUAUGCCACACAUCGACUGAAGGCACCGAUGGUGUGGAAACUGGACUCCUCUCAUGGGGGUGGAACUGCAGCUCCCAGCUCGGACGGCCUGGUCAAGAGGACAUCCCUGCACUGGUGGACUGUCUGAGCAGGGAGAGGCUGGUAUCGGCCUCGGCUGGCCGAGUCCAUUCCGUUUCUCUCACGUCGAAAGGUGAAGUUUGGACCUGGGGAUCGGGCAGGAAUGGCAGGCUAGGUCUGGGCAGCUCCAUUGAUGAGGCGGAGCCAUGUCUUGUAGAUACCCUGGAAGGGGUGGAAGUCUUGCAAGUUGCAGCAGGGAUGGACCAUAAUCUCGUCCUGGUCGCCGAGUAGGUUGGCAUGUUGGUUCACUGAAAGAUACUAUUAUUGUUAGUUGUAUGGGGGAUCAUGAUCUGUCUGAAGAAAUGGAAGUUGACGCCAUUUUUUCUUUCUCGAAGGAGUAUGGCCAGUAAGGUGGAUGUGCUUUUUUUUUUCUCAUGAGAUGGUGUGGAUGCGCAUUGCCACUUGCUAGACAGCAUGUGAUCUAACAUACUCCUUUUUGUAGCAUUGGUCCUGUUGAAAGAUGAUGCACCUUGUUGUGAACUUCUAACACGUGAUCUGAAGUUCUGAAUUAUUUGUGCUUUUAGCAAA